UCUACUGAUGCUUUGUUGAAGUACCCGGAAAUAAGACGGAACUGAUUUGAGUAAAGUGAAAAUGCCAUAUGUCACGGUAUGCCUGUCAUGCUUCUUGUAUUUUAUUUCCCAUAUUCCUUGCAAUUUUGGAGCAGAAGUAUCCCUGUGGAAUGUAGAAAUAAAUGAGGAUGAGGACUCUGCAGUCUUUCGCAAAACACUCUAUGCUAACACCACGAUCUUCAUGAAAUUUAAAAGUGAAAUGCCAUGUAAUGAACACAUGACAUUCAACAUUUCCUGGUAUCUUCGCUCCUCUGUUUGCUUCAAUGAAGUAUUUAACACGCCAGACUCCAAGGCCAUGGGCUUGUUUGGAAGAAAUGACAUGCUGAAAGAGGGCUGGAGCGGCCAUUACAGCCAAAGCUUCAUCUACUUUGACAACUGCUCAGCCCUCCUCACUCCUCAAUCAUACUACAAAGAGUUUGUGCCAGCUCACCCUCUUGUCAGCCCUGUGGCCGAUGAGAGUGCACUGAAUCAGAGUGGGACAAUCCUGUUUGAAGACAAACCAACCAUAGGUGCUGUGGCCAAGGCAUGGUCAGAUAGCCCUUACCUCUUCAUAGUGAGUGUCCAGAUAGGCCGACGAGAAGGCGGAGAAGAUGAAAGGCCUAAUGGUAAUCAGGCUAAAUAUCCUUUCAUAAUGAAUGUGGAGAUGAAGGGUCCCCGUGAGUACUCCUCACCUGCAGACUGGCCCCUCAUGAUGUUCUACAUGGUCAUGUGCAUCGUGUAUGUGUUCUUCGGGGCCCUGUGGCUGCUCUGGUCGGCCUGCUACUGGAGAGACCUACUGAGGAUCCAGUACUGGAUUGGUGCCGUGAUCAUUCUGGGAAUGCUGGAAAAGGCUGUAUUUUACUCAGAGUACCAGAGCAUUCGCUACCAUGGCGAUUAUGUCCAAGGCGCUGUCAUAUUUGCUGAGCUGCUCUCUGCACUGAAGAGAUCUCUAGCACGAAUCCUGAUGCUCAUUGUCAGCCUCGGCUAUGGGAUCGUCAGGCCUAGGCUGGGGACCACCGUCCAUCGUCUGGUGGCAGUGGGGUUGCUGUACCUGCUCUUCUCCUCUGUUGAGGGUGUCCUCAGGGUGACGGGGGGUUUCUAUGGCACUGUGGCGCUGGUGGCCAAUCUGAGCCUCUCCCUCAUUGACUCCUGUGUCAUGUGGUGGAUCUUCAUCAGUCUGUCCCAAACAACAAGACUUCUUACGCUACGCAGAAAUUUAGUGAAGCUUUCUCUAUAUCGGCACUUUACCAACACACUCAUCUUUUCAGUGUUAGCCUCCAUUGUAUUUGUUAUCUGGACAACCAAAGUCUUCAAACUUGUUGAUUGCCAGACUGGAUGGAGGGAUCUCUGGGUAGAUGAUGCCUUCUGGAGGCUACUCUUCUCCUCCAUCCUGCUUGUCAUUAUGGUGCUGCUGCGGCCUUCAGUCAACAGCCAGAGGUUCUCCCAUUCUCCUCUCAUAGAUGAUAACGAUGAGGAAGAUGAAGAUGAAGCCAAAGAACCCAUGUUGAACACGGCUUUUGAGGGCAUGAAGAUGAGGGGCUCAAAGCUGGAGACAAAUGGGGCCCAGAAACUUCUCAGUAAAGAGGAUGAAGACCUCAAGUGGGUGGAAGAAAACAUUCCCACAACUGUGGCUGAUGUAGCCCUUCCUGUUAUGUUGGACGAGGAGGAGGAAAUUCAGAAAACUAAAAUGGAAAGAUCUAAAAUGGAGUAGACACGGAAGAAGAGGAAAAGCAGGAGUGACACAUCAGUACACUGAGCAGCUGUACAUUUUAUGUGGUCUGCCUGGUGCCUAGAAAUAUUACUGUUUAGAUGCACAUGAUUGGCAUCUGGUCAUUUUAUUUUGUAUACAUGGUAUAGCAGUGUUAAGUCAAUGCUGCCAGUUAGUUCACUUCGAAAUAGGCUGCCAAGAUUUUCUUACUUGAACCUGUGUAACAUUAUGCCUUUUCUUGUUUGCAACACCAUGCAUUAUCACUUAUACGAUUGUAAAAUUUUGGUGCAUCAUGUCUGUCAUUCAGUGCUUUAUGUCACUCUCUCUUCAAAAUUCCCCCAUUCUUAAUGAUACUUUGUGUGCAGUCUAUUACAGGGAUGGUCAAUAGGGUGAUUAACUUAUUUAUUUUUGUGUCACUAUGUUUAAGUUUUAAAUGGGCAGUAGGCUAUAUAAUGUUUGUAAUGAUGUUACUAUGCAGUUUCUUUAUGUGAAUUUCUGUUGUUGGGGAUUAAACUUUCUAUCAAAUA